GCCAUGAUCGCGAUUCAACAGUGGCGGUCUAAUGCCCAGCCAGACUGCUGCCUAUGACUCGUAACGUGCACCUCUUUUCUAGGUUUUGACGUCCCGAAAGCCACCACCGUCGUCGUCAUCUACAGCCGGCGGAUUCCACAGCGCCAGUGGCCCGCCACGUAACAGUAGCAUAUAACGGGGCGCGUUCGAUUAUUACAACCACACCUCACCGCUGCGAGCUAUUUGCUUUCCACGGCCACGUAUCACUUUGGUAGGCAGAGACAACGAUGCAUGCCCCAAUUGCAGCCGAUAGCUUCGUGAUCGGAGGCAGUGUCAUUGCAAUCGCCCAGAUGCGUCUGAUCGAAUUGAGCAUUUGUCGCUUGUCCUUGUUGUGGAUGUCAAAGUCUGAUGGUGCCAUUGUCACCUUCGCAACGGGAUAAGACCAUCAUCUUUGUGCGCAGUAGCCGAGGAGGGAGCUUUUGGGAGCCAGCUUACCCACAUUUCGGUACAUGGUCAGAGUAUGAUACAGUUGGAACAUCUGUUAAAGCUGCUAUAGUUUAUCUGGGAACUGCAUUGGUAAAGCUUAUUUGCCUAGCAACAUUUCUUAAAGUACCAGAGAAUGAUAACUUUGAUCCUUAUCAGGAACUGCUCAAAGCAUUAAUUGGAUUUAUAGAUGUUGCCAGACUUUAUUUUGCAUUGGCACAAUUGACUCACAGAAACAUUUCUCAGAAUCAUAAGUUCCAGGCUGUUGGUCUUGAUGAUGGACAUGUAUUCUACAAUUUCCACCAAUGAGGCAUCUGAACAAAGAAAUCUCAGGACACAUUUGAAACAAGGUUUUUAUUAUCGUUUUAGAAUCCUAAGAAGAUUUCAAUUUUGCCAAUUCCACACUUAUGGCAGUUUCAAUGGCUUUAUCUGUUUUUAAAUCAAGUUUCAGCAAUUCUGGCCAACACAAAAAAUAAAUUAAGAUAUUUUGACAAUUCUAGUAAGGUGGAAACUUUUCUGAAUUUUAAUUUGCACUCUUCAUCAAAAAAAAAAAAAAAAAAAAAAUCCAUGCAAAUAUCACAAAGAACAUAAAUGAAAUAAGCCUGGAAGCUUAAAGUGAAGGUGGAUUGAUUUAGCAAUUCCCUAUUGAGAACCCACUCACUGAAACCCAUGCUAACUUUAUUUGUUUAUGGUGCUUAAAACUUGAAGAAAAAAGGAAACUCAUACUAAGGGUGUUCACGCUUUGGAUAACAAAUAGGAGUGUCUGUGGAAAAAUUGGCUUCUAUAGGAAGGGGAGAUGGAGAGGAAAUUGCAUUCGGUAUCAUUUCUCUCCCUAGUUAGAAUGCAAUGGCUUAUGGCAUGCUAUCAUCUAGUAAUGAAGCACCCACUGAAAUCAAGUUGUGGUUCAGAUCCUCUGUUUUAGUUCCAAGAACCUCUUGAACUAAGAAUUUUCAUUUCAAUUACUCUAUAUGAGAGCCCACAGAAUCAUGAUCCUAACAGUGCCAGCAUUUCAACAAAAAACAAAUCUGUAAUUUCCCAACUAUUUAGUGUAUACUACAUGGAUCCUUUUCUGCCUAAUAGGGCCAUCAUUUAAUCCUUGAUAUUCUAUCUAUACAAUAUACUCUGGUUCUUUAGCUCAGAAAUCAUGCAUACCAUACGUAGAUACCAACCAAGGAAAUCCACAUUUACCUUUGUAACAAAUAUAAAUUUAUCAAAUAGGUUUUUCCCAUGUGGACUUUGUUCCUUCUUUUUGAUAGUCAGCAGUGUUCAUGCUUAAAUGUGUUCCUAUAAUACCCUUGGGUCACAAUUUAAUUAGAAUGAUAAAAAAGCACUCUCCUUCAAGGAUUGAAAUUAAUGUGUUUUAUACUCGAGGAAUGGAAAGUUUACCUUCUAAGUUUGUCAAAUCUGCUGUUAGAACUGAAAAACUGAAGUUCCAAAACUGUCCUGAUGACCUGAUUGAAUCUCUUGAUGAUGCAACACCAUCUCCUCCUAGUUGCAAUCCAUAAAUUAGUCACAGCAUCAAGAUUCAAUUUCAAAGAAAGUAGUUAUCACAUAUGUAUUUAUAUACAAGAUCAUAAUGUGAUUUCAAUGAAAAGUUAAUCCUUUGUUGCUUCAGAUCAGAUUGAUUUGACUAUGUGUUACUUACCUAGCAAUGCAAAUUAUACUAGCUUGCCAAUAAGUUUAUGAAUGCCAAAUGAAAGUUGUCACAAGACAGCACAUGCCAAAUGAAAGUUGCCAAAAGAAACUUGUGGAGAAGGAAGUCAUGAUGAAUGUCACAACCAGUUAUAGUGAAACAGCAACUUAGACUAUCUUGCAAUAGAAAUUAUCAAAUUGAAUCUCUUUGACUUUCUCUUAAUAUUGUUUUUAGCAAUUGGAAUAAAGAAAAAACUUUUUAUCCGAA